UUCUUCAGCAUCAUUAGUAAUCAGUGCAGUGAAGAAACACAGACCCCAAAUACAAACACCUUGUACACAUGCAGUUGCAAGAUAAUCAAACUAGAAAGACGUGUGAAAUGCAAACUGAUCACCGCAUACCUGCGUGAUUCUGCCGAACAAAUGCUCGUCAGAAGCCAUGCAAAGAAAGACGAUUCACAUCAGACUGGGAACCUCUCAGAAGCAAAUACUAUCGCUAGUAAAAUGCAACAUGUACUAGAACAGAAAACCAAGAAAGAUGAACCAAUGGGUAAACACAUCUCGCUUGUCAGAGAUCAUGCAGCGAAAGUCGAAUCAAAGCAGACAGGAAACUUCUCAGAAGCAGAAACAAUCGCAAGGGACAUGCAACCUGAGCUACGCACCAAGAAAAAACUCGAAACUCCAGACGACGACAACGAUAGGGACUUGACCGAAGAUGAAAUCCAGGGGUAUGUAGCUGCAGAUGCACAAGGUGGAAUACAUGCACUCCAGGAUAUGAUACAAAGAAAAUCAAACAAAUGGAAACACAUGAAAGUAAGUUUUGCUGUCAUAGGAGAAACUGGAGCGGGAAAAUCGUCAUUCAUCAAUGCAAUGCUAGGACUGACGGCUGAUGACGAUAGUUUUGCAAAGGUUAACUGCACACAGACCACAAUGAAAGCUGAGGAAUACAAACACCACGAUAACACAUCACUGUCGUUUUGGGACUUGCCCGGUGUUGGAACUUCCGAUUUUCCACAGGAAACAUAUCUCGAACAGAUUGAGUUCAAUAAGUUCGACUUUUUCAUAAUGGUCACGCAUGGAAGUUUUAAAAAAAACGAGUUGUGGCUUAUUAAGGAAAUUGAGAAACGCGAAAGAAAAUUAUAUUUCGUAAGAACGAAAAUUGAUAGCGAUAUAUUGAAUGACAAGGCGGACCACCCUAGAACUCACGAUCAAAAAAUACUUCAGGAAAAUAUCAAAACAAAAUUACACACUGAACUAUAUCUGGCUGGAGUGGAAAACAUAGAAAUUUUUCUUUUCAACAAUCACUGGAGGGGUGUAUCAAGUACACCAUGUGAACCAUACGACUUCGAAAUAUUGGUGGACCGACUGCUUGCAGACGUUCCGAAACAAAAAAAGCAGGCUCUGCUUUUUAGCUUUUCAGCCAGGUCCUCGCACCUGAUUAAAGAAAAGGUGAAGGAAUUGGAAUCUAGGAUAACAUACGUGGCAGUUGGAGCUUCGUUGGCCUCAUUAGUUCCAAUUUCAGGCGCUGGCUUCGCAGUCGAAAUCGGCGCGAUUAUACGCGAGAUUAACCUCUACAAAGAGCAACUUAAAACCGACGAAAGAUCAAUGAGAAUGUUAGCUGACAGAAUGGAUAUUCCUUUGAGAGAACUGUGUCAAAAGACACAUGUCAAAACACAUGUCAUCUAUGCAGGUGCAAGUGCAUCACAACGUUUUCUUAUUACGCUCUUUGCGGAAAUUGCCACAUCAAAAGUUGCAGAGAGCGCUUUAAAAAGCGGAGUUCCAAUUAUCGGAAGCAAUAUACCUGCAUUGGCAAGCAUUCCAAUAUGCGCUUUAACACUUCGCAAGCUUCUCAAAACGUGCGAAGAAGAGGCAUUCAGAGUUCUCGAAGAGAAGUGGUCGCUGGAGGCUACUAAUACUCCAUUAUAAAGUAUAACGUUCGCGCCUCGAACAAACGAACCAUAUCAAAUUAUCUAAGAACUGUUAAUAAUCAACUUUAUACAUGUACAGUACAUAUAUAAAUCCAACUUGUAAUUAAUUUGUGGGCUUGAUUUUGCUUUUUAGAAAUUUAUGGUAUUACGUGUGUUUAAGAUGCGUGGUUGGGCUGUGUAUGGUGUUCUAUAUAAUUGUAUACGGUGUUUAUACAAUUUGUGACUGGGCUUAUCUUUAAAACAGUCUUGAUUUGCUAAGUCAUGUCGUUUUUAUUUAUAUUAAUGUGUUCUUUAUUUGUUCCCAGUUUUAGUACAAUGAUGUUUUUAUUUUAUUAUUAAACUCUUUGAUCACACAUUUUUAAACCUUUUGUUGUCUUAGGCAGACUUUUUGAUGUUCAUAGUUUCAAAAAAUAACUGCAUCGUAUCUUUGAAAAGUAUUUGCAUUAGGUACUCUGAAUUGUAUUCCUCCGUCUGCAGAUAGGGUAUGUAAUCUCUAUUCAUUGAAGUACUUGUAGUUUACCUAUUAGUCAAUCAUAAUUUGUUUUAUUAUUUAUUAUUGAAAGCUUUCUGAUCGCAGCUGCAAUAUCGGACCAGUUGUUUCUUGUUAGCUUGACUUCUGGCUUAUAUUUUAUUCAAACCGGCACUACUCCAAUCCUCACAAAAUAACAUAUUUUGUUCGAAAAGUGAAAUCUAUAAGCGCGAAGACAUCGUCGAAAUCAUGUUAAGCACCAUACCCUAUUUUGACCUGAGUAUAUAUUUGAAUUUACGAAUAAAGAUUUGAAUAACUUAUUGUAUAAGGCACUUGAUCAAGUAUUAUUUACCUAUUUCCCCUUUAUAUCAAAGCAAACCAAUUAAAUGUAGAACUUUGUUAAAAAUACGUUCAAGUGACAUAAAAAAAUAUGUAUUUGAAUCUUUAGUUUUCGCUGAAAUGUUAGAAAUUUACUGUCAUUUGUCAGUCUUGUUUAGUGGUAAUAGACAGUUAUAACAGAUGCAACCUAUAAAGCCCGGUUUAAACCAA